CUGUCGUCGCCCCUCAAAAAAAAAAAAAAACAACACCCAAAAUGUUGAAAGAGCUCGUGCAGGAUCGAUUAAUGGCGGCGGCCGAUGAAAUAUUUGCGCUGUUCGAAAGAACGAUCGCGUCGUACGAGGAGGAACUUUCUAGAACGAGAGAGGAGAAGGAGCGACAUCGUCAACAGCUGGAAGAUGCUAGCAAGACUCACGUCGUGCUGCACCUUGAAGACGUCCAGCAGCUGAUCGCUCGCCAAGAAGAAGGUCACCCUCCGCCGCAGCUGGGGAGCGCCACUUUGGAGAAGGAGGACCCACAGCCCCCUCACAUUAAAGAGGAAGAGGAGGAACUCUGGAUCACUCCGAACGGAGACUGUCUUCUCGGGCCGGAGGAGGAGGAGGAGGAGGAGGAGGAUCGCACCGGAUCGCAACUGACUGGUGUCUCCGUGAAGACCGAAGUCCAUGAAGUGGAAGCACCCGAGUCGUCACUUUGUCAAAGUCACAUGACGACAGCAGCUGAAGACGGCGACCCCCCCGUGAGGGCUAACAAACCCUUCAAAUUUUCAAAAGGGCCGGCAGGUAAAGAACGUUUUAGCUGCUCCGUUUGUGCUAAAAGCUUCACUUACAAGUGCCACUUGAGUUUGCACAUGCAGUCCCACUAUGAAAAACCAUUCAGUUGCUCAGUUUGCCACAAACGGUUCACUCAGAAGGCAAACAUGAGAGUGCACAUGCGAACGCACACGGGAGAAAAACCCUUUAUCUGCUCGGUCUGCGGCGAAAGAUUUGCCCAGAAGGUCAACAUGCUGUCCCACAUGAGGACGCACACGGGGGAGAAACUAUACACCUGCUCCGUUUGUGGCCGGCGGUUCUCCCGGAACGCCAAUCUGGUGACACACAUGAGAACGCACACGGGAGAGAAACCUUUCGGCUGCUCCAUUUGCGGCAAGCGCUUCUUCCAAAAGUCGACCAUGGUGUCGCACGUGAGAACGCACACGGGGGAGAGACCUUUCAGCUGCCCACUCUGCGGCAAAAGGUUCUUCCAAAAGUCCAACAUGGUGUCGCACACCAAAACGCACACGGUGGAAAGACCUUAUCGUUGCUCGGUCUGCGACAAAAGGUUCACCCAAAAGGCGUACAUGCUAGCCCACGAGAAGAGGCACACGGGGAAAAACGUGUACUCCUGCUCGCUCUGCGACAAAACCUUCGGUGGCGGCGACGACUUGGCGGAACACAUGUUGACACACAGCAGACAAUAAACAUUUGUCAGUUGUUGACUGCAAAUGGAAUGUUUUCCACCUCACAAUCAUCAUUAUUCAUUUCUUACUUCCGGGGUUACGUUUCCAGACAAACAGUAAAUAAUGAAAAAUAAACACAAUUCAUGUAAACGCUAAUCUUGACGCUCUAAUAAUGCCUGGAUUAUGCAGCAUACGCUACGCUGGCUGGCUCCUCCCCCUCCAAACCCUCCUGCGUAGCUUGAAGUGUGUGUUUCUCUGAUUUCGUGUCAACAUUUGUGAUGAAAGUGACAGAUGCCAAUAAAAAAAUGCCUAAUCUGGACCCUCUAAUAAAACCUGGAUUAUGCACCCCAGGCCAUGUCAGAUUGCUCCUCCUCCAAAUCCUCCCGCGUAGCUCAAAAUUGACCUUCUCCUCUGAUUUCGUGUCAGGAUUUGCGCUGAAAGUAAUAAAUGCCCCCAAAAAUGCCUAAUCUUGACACUUUGAA